CUUGAGCGCGAUGUCACUCCUUUAGCAUGACCUCAAACGCGGCGGGGGCUGGGACCGCCAGUCAUUCUCCGUGCGAGAGCCGGGGCGGGAGGCAGGCGGGACCCAGCCCCGCCGCCAGCCCCACUUUUGUGGUGCCGCCGCCGCCGCCGUCUCCCCUUUCUCCGCGGGGCUGGCCGCGGGGCGGGCGAUGCUCCGCGCUCCCUGAGCCGCCGGCACCGCGUCCGUCGGCUAAGUCGCCCCGCGGAGCUGCGCGCUAGAGCGGCGGCUCCCGUCCCUCCCUCCCUCCCUCCCUCCCUGCGCUCCCCCCAGGCCGCGCCGAGGUUGCGCAGGAUGCCGCGGAGGGGCGCGGAGGCGCCGCUGGCCCUGCUGCUGGCGGCGGCGUGGCUGGCGCAGCCCCUGCGCGGGGGCUACCACGGCGUGAGCAUGUUCGCCGUGCAGACGGCUCAGCCCGACCCCUGCUACGACGAGCACGGGCUGCCCCGCCGCUGCAUCCCCGACUUCGUCAACUCGGCCUUCGGGAAGGAGGUGAAGGUGUCGAGCACCUGCGGGAAGCCGCCGUCGCGGUACUGCGUGGUGACGGAGAAGGGCGAGGAGCAGAUCCGCUCCUGCCACCUCUGCAACGCCUCCGACCCCAAGCGCGCCCACCCGCCCUCCUUCCUCACCGACCUCAACAACCCGCACAACCUGACCUGCUGGCAGUCCGACAGCUACGUCCAGUACCCCCAUAACGUCACCCUCACCCUCUCCCUGGGCAAGAAAUUCGAGGUGACCUACGUCAGCCUGCAGUUCUGCUCGCCGCGCCCGGAGUCCAUGGCCAUCCACAAGUCCAUGGACUACGGCAAGACCUGGGUGCCCUUCCAGUUCUACUCCACGCAGUGCCGCAAGAUGUACAACAAGCCCAGCCGCGCCGCCAUCACCAAGCAGAACGAGCAGGAGGCGGUCUGCACCGACUCGCACACCGACGUGCGGCCCCUCUCCGGCGGCCUCAUCGCCUUCAGCACCCUGGACGGCCGCCCCACCGCCCACGACUUCGACAACUCGCCCGUCCUGCAGGACUGGGUGACGGCCACCGACAUCAGGGUCACCUUCAGCCGCCUCCACACCUUCGGCGACGAGAGCGAGGACGACUCCGAGCUGGCCCGCGAUUCCUACUUCUACGCCGUCUCCGACUUGCAGGUCGGCGGGCGGUGCAAGUGCAACGGCCACGCGUUACGUUUCGGGGGGGGGUUGGGGGGGGGCGCGGCUGCGCUGCGUCCGGACCGCGACGACAGCUUGGUGUGCGACUGCAAGCACAACACGGCCGGCCCCGAGUGCGACCGCUGCAAGCCCUUCCACUACGACCGGCCCUGGCAGAGAGCGACCGCCCGGGAGGCCAACGAGUGCGUGGCCUGCAACUGCAACCUGCACGCCCGGCGCUGCCGCUUCAACAUGGAGCUCUACAAGCUGUCGGGGCGCAAGAGCGGCGGCGUCUGCCUCAACUGCCGGCACAACACUGCGGGGCGGCACUGCCACUACUGCAAGGAGGGCUUCUACCGCGACCUCAGCAAGCCCAUCUCCCACCGCAAGGCCUGCAAAGAGUGCGAUUGCCAUCCCGUGGGCGCCGCCGGCCAAACCUGUAACCAAACCACAGGCCAAUGUCCCUGUAAAGACGGCGUCACCGGCAUCACGUGCAAUCGAUGCGCCAAAGGCUACCAGCAAAGUCGGUCUCCCAUUGCCCCCUGCAUAAAGAUCCCCGCCGCUCCCCCCACCACCGCCGCCAGCAGCACGGAAGAGCCCGCAGAUUGUGACUCAUACUGCAAAGCCUCCAAGGGGAAACUGAAGAUCAACAUGAAGAAGUACUGUAAGAAAGACUAUGCUGUCCAGAUCCACAUCCUGAAAGCGGAAAAAAAUGCCGACUGGUGGAAGUUCACGGUCAACAUCAUCUCCGUCUACAAACAAGGGAGCAACCGGAUACGGCGCGGAGACCAGACCCUGUGGAUCCACUCCAAGGACAUAGCCUGCAAGUGCCCCAAAAUCAAGCCCAUGAAGAAGUAUUUGCUGCUGGGCAACAACGAGGACUCUCCCGACCAGAGCGGCAUCAUUGCGGACAAAACCAGCCUGGUGAUACAGUGGCGGGAUACGUGGGCUCGGCGGCUCCGGAAGUUCCAGCAGCGGGAGAAGAAGGGGAAGUGUAAGAAAGCCUAAAGGAGGAGAAGGCAACGGAGCGCGCGGGAGGGAGAGACUGACUGUGCAUGCUGCUUUGUGUCGAGCUGGGGCGGGCAGGGACCGGCGACGGGGACGGCGGGAGGAAGGUCGCGCCGUCGGGGCGGGCUGGGGUUUGUUGGGGGGGUGGGGGGGACGGGACACACGGGAGGGAUGGCAAUCACAGCUGUGGCGCUGCGGGGUUUGCACCUCGUAUUCCGGGAGAAAAACAAAGCAAAACGCAACUGGAAAAGAAAAAAAAAAAAAAAAAAUCACACACGUGGAUAUAAAACAAGAGGAGGGUGGGUGCGGGUGCAGGGCAGCCAGUGCCCCACCCCCCCGCCCCCCCCCCAGCUUCAUUCUGCCCCGUUGGCUGAAGAAAUCAGAGACACCAAACUGCCUUCCAGCUGCUAACAUCUGCCGUUUCCAAAGCACGGCACGGGAACAUGGAACCUGUAAGAAACUAAUCAACGGCAACGCUGGAAAUGAACUCCCCAUCCCCCAAAAUACGUAUUCUGGGCUUAGGCUGAACAAGCCAGUUAUCGUAGAGGAAACUAAACAGAGACCCAUCGCUGAGGGCGGACCUGAGGAUCGGCUAAUGGCUUGUGAAGACUCUUUGGUACCCGAUAGUCGUCCCGACCACCCGCUGUACGGUACCCAGGGGCGGCCGAGGUCUCCAGCCAUGGCGAUGCUCCCAUCCCAGGCUCCCAGCAAGGAGGAGACCACGUUAGUGGGCGACUCCCACGCGGACACGACUGGGGGAGCGACUCCUUGGCUCUGGCCCCCACACCCCGAGGAGCGCUGCCCGCCCCCCCCCAGCCGAAGGAGCGUCAGCCCAUGGGAUGCCCCGGCCCCCUCCCAGCCACCGAGUCACAGCCGUGGAGUUCAUAACAAGGAUCCCCAGUGAAACACAUGGACUUUGCAAAAAAAAAAAAAACAAAACAGUUGGCAUCCAGUUCCCAUAAGUGCCCUGGAAGAUCUUGCCCAUCGCAGUCCCUGAGUCUCCACUGCGGCCACCCCCGAGACCUCCUUCAUGGGCUUGGUCCUCUCUGCUGCUGCCAGCAGACUGAUGACCCUCAGGUGAUAGGAGAUCCCUGCAGGUGACACCGAGGUCCUGGCUGGCCACUGGUUUCACUCCCAAACUCAGCCAGUGCUCCCGAACCCACAGCGGCUCUGCCCUCGCUCCCUCCGGAGCAGCGGCUCCCCAGCAUCCCUGCGUAAGGUGACCAUCUCCCUUGGGAAUCACAGGAGGUGGGACAGCGAGUGCCCGGAGACUGUCCCCAUGGGCAGCGGGGAGAGCUCUGAGGCUCGGCCAAGCUACAGCCAACGCAGGGCAGAGCCUGCCCAGGGCAAGGGGUCUCAACCCGGGACUGGAUAAGCGAGGGGUGACCCACCUGCAGCCCCCCCAAAUCACUCUGCUCCUUCUACAACCAGCAAAUCGAAAUUUCCCAAUCUCUAAUGGCUGCUGCACUAGGGGAAGCAGCGCUGCCUCACCUCCCCCUCACACCCUACGCCCAGCCCCAGGCCUGGAGCAUCGUCCCCCGGGGCACCCUAUGGGCAGGACCCGCCGUUGGGUUGUUCCUCACCCAGACGUUGUGUCCCCACGACAGGCUGCCCCCCCGCCACAGCGGCCCAGGAGGAACGGCCACCACAGAACCACAGACUGGCGGGGGUUGGCAGGGCCCUCUGGAGAUCACCCAGUCCAACCCCCUGCCAGAGCAGGGUCACCCACAGCAGGUGGCACAGGAACGCCUCCAGGCGGGUUUGGGAUGUCUCCAGAGACGGAGACUCCACCACCUCUCGGGGCAGCCUGGGCCAGGGCUCUGCCACCCUCACAGCAAAGAAGUUCCUCCUCGUGUUGAGGUGGAACUCCCUAUGGUCAAGUUUGUGCCCGUUACCCCUUGUCCUGUCCCUGGGCACCACUGACAAGAGCCUGACCCCAUCCUCCUGACACCCCCCCUUUCAGUAUUGAUAAGCGUUGAUAAGAUCCCCCCUCAGGCGUCUUUUUUCCAGCCUGAAGAGACCCAAAUCCCUCAGCCUUUCUUCACAAGAGAGGUGUUCCAGUCCCCUCAUCCUCUUGGUAGCCUGUACCUGGAUAUCUGAGUUCACCUCCUCGAUGGAGCCAGGCAAUGGCCGGGGCGGAAAGGCAGGGAGGGCAGGAGCGGUACCUGGAGGAGAAGCAAACAUUAGUCGCUACGAAAAGCAAAACCUCCCUGAUAUUUUUCCUUUUAGGAAACUUGGAAACAUCUAUUUUAUGACAUUUUCCAGUGGUUUUUGCCUUGUUUUAUAGCAAUUGACAAUAUUUAUAUAAUGACAUAAACCGCCAUAAAGCGAGGCAGCCGUGUAAAUAGGUGUAAAGCGCAGGGCUCCCAGGGAAGCAGCGGCAGCGCCGAGCUGCUGGAGACACCACCCGGAGGGAGCCAGCUCCGCUGAGCCUCCUCCCCCCGCAAACGCAAGGCCCUUCUGGAAUUAACUGGGGUACGAGGAGAGAAAUCCCACCCUGGGCAUCAAGAAAUCCCCCCCAGGUCUGUGUUUUCUCCCCUCACCCGGAGCAGAUGCCGUUUUCCUUAGGUCAGGGCUCAAGGAGAGCCGGUGGUUUUGCAGACAAGGGAACCCAAGCCACCAGGUUUGGAAGGAGAAAACCCGAGCUCAAGUGUCUAGAUGGAGGCUUGAAGCCCCAAAACGGGGCUCAGAUGCUCUCCUGCAGCCAGGGCCACCCCACACCGGCUGAGGC